AUGGCAGCCUCCAGCGGCAACGCGCCAGCCGUUCAAGUCAUCCAGCAUGAAGAAUCGGUUCCGUGGGUGUUCGAGACUCUGCGGGACAUGAUUGAUGACAAUAUCGCGACUGGCGGCUGGGAGCAUGGCAGACACGAUAGGAUCCAGGAGCGCAUGCUAUGGCCCAAAGGUGGAAACGUCGGCCACGGGUUACAUCCAGCGGCGCGACAGAGUGCUCCAGCUCAUGACCGAAUAACCCCAACGCGGUUGCUUAACGGCAAGACGGGUGCUGUUGAGGAGAGCAUGGGGCGGAAACUGCCAUACACCACCAUUUCCCACGUUUGGACGAUAACAGCCGGCAAGGAUUGGCCGUCCUUCGCCUCCCAACUAUGGGAGAAAUACGGGAUCCAAUACAUUUGGGUAGACAGCUUGUGUAUAGACCAAAGUUCGAUAGACGACAAGGCGAACGAGAUUCCCAGAAUGGCCGAGUACUACGCCGGGGCCGAGAUGAAUCUGAUACCGAUGCCGGCGCCGGGGCUGAGGAAAGGUCUCGACGACUGGCUGGAAAGCGGAGCAACAGCGGCAGCCGUCGAUCCUUUACUCUGGCUGCUCAGAAACCUGCUGGAAGACGGUUACUUCAGGAGGGUAUGGACCAUGCAGGAAACUGCGCUGGCUUGCUGUACGCACCUUGAUACACCGGAUGGGCUCAUAUACGGGUGGGAAAUCGACGAGGCGCUGAGGAGGGCAUGCGGGAUACCUUCCAAACCACGAAACCCAGAGGAUCCCCCAACCUUUAACGCGAAAACGCCGUUAUCUUCCGAGACGGAAGUCGGGCAGCUGGACUUGAGGGUUGUCCUCUUCGACAACAGGCAUGUGAGGCGCCUCCUCUCAAGCCAGGCAUGGAUCGCUCGCAACCGGAAACCACUAGCUCUGGUAUGGAGGCAGGCGAAAAACAGACAGUGUACCGUUGCUAAAGACGCGUUUUGGGGAAUGAUGGCCAUGGUCGAGGGAGGGGACAAGCUGAGCUCGACGUACGACCAGCCGAUCGAACAAGUACUGGGGGAGAUGGUUGAGAGAGGAUUUCUGGGCCUCGAGAUACUCUGCGCGCCGAAAACCAUGCCCGAACAUAGUUGGGUGCCUGCUCUCCCCUUCGAAGUGCCAGGCAUGGGUGCUGAAUGCAACAUCGGAGAGGCACAGCGGAAGGUCAGGCUGGUCGACCGGCGCCUCGUGGUGCGUGCAAAGGAGGUCUUGGUGACAGGCGUCGGCGGAGCCUACGAGAUUCGAAUCAGAGAGAAGAGUAACAAGCACGAAAUGUUGAUGAUGACCGAGGGCGUCAAUCUGGGAGGUCAACACCCAGGUCAACGGCACUGGCUCAUACUACUGGAAGGAACUGAGAGCCACACAGCUUUCGUACUCAUAUCGGAUGGUAAUGAUGCGGGAUUCAUAGUACACAAAGUCGGCGCCAUACAAUGCGGCGUUGAGCUGCCACCGGCUGAAGUCCAAUGGGCCUUGGACGGACAGGAAGAAAUACAUGUUGGGGAGUCGACGUCCUUAAACUCGGCAAGUGCUACGUAA